UGUGAGGUCCGAACGCGCUGCUCCGAAGGAAGCCGGCGACCGCGGGCGCCCGGCCGCGCGGGCAGCCUCGGGACAAUGGGGCCGCGGCGCUUGCUGCUCGUUGCCGCUGGCCUCAGCCUGUGCGGUCCCUUGCUGUCUUCCCGCGUCCCCGUGAGCCAGCCAGAACCCGAGACGACAGAUGUCACUCUGAACCCCCGCUCAUUUUUUCUCAGGAAUCCCAGUGAAAAUGCCUUUGAACUGGUCCCCCUGGGGGACGAGGAGGAGAAAAAUGAAAGUGGCUUGCCCGAGGGCAGGGCAAUCUACUUAAAUAAAAGCCACUCUCCUCCCACCGCACCUGCUCCCUUCAUCUCGGAAGAUGCCUCAGGAUAUCUGACCAGCCCCUGGCUGACACUCUUCAUCCCCUCGGUUUACACCUUUGUGUUCAUAGUCAGCCUGCCUCUGAACAUCCUGGCCAUCGCGGUGUUCGUCCUGAAGAUGCAGGUCAAGAAGCCAGCCGUGGUAUACAUGCUGCACCUGGCUAUGGCUGAUGUGCUGUUCGUGUCCGUGCUCCCCUUGAAGAUCAGCUACUACUUCUCCGGCAGUGAUUGGCAGUUCGGGUCCAGCACGUGUCGCUUCGCCACCGCGGCGUUCUACUGUAACAUGUAUGCUUCCAUCAUGCUUAUGACGGUCAUAAGCAUUGACCGCUUCCUGGCGGUCGUGUACCCCAUCCAGUCCCUGUCCUGGCGCACCCUGGGCCGAGCCAACUUCACUUGCCUGGUCAUCUGGGUGAUGGCCAUCAUGGGGGUGGUGCCUCUCCUCCUCAAGGAACAGACCACCAAGGUUCCGGGGCUCAACAUCACCACCUGCCAUGACGUCCUCAAUGAGACGCUGCUGCAAGGCUUUUACUCCUACUACUUCUCAGCCUUCUCCGCUGUUUUCUUUCUUGUGCCAUUGAUCAUUUCCACGGUCUGCUACAUGUCCAUCAUUCGGUGUCUCAGCUCCUCCGCAGUGGCCACUCGGAGCAAGAAGUCGCGGGCUUUGUUCCUGUCCGCCGCUGUGUUCUGCAUCUUCAUCGUCUGCUUUGGACCCACCAACAUCCUCCUGAUCGUGCACUACAUGCUCCUCUCGGACAGCCCUGCCACGGAGACGGCCUACUUUGCUUACCUCCUCUGUGUCUGUGUGAGCAGCGUGAGCUGCUGCAUCGAUCCCCUGAUCUACUACUACGCCUCCUCCGAGUGCCAGAGGCACCUCUAUGGCAUCUUGUGCUGCAAAGACAGCUCCGAUGCCAACAGCUACAACAGCACCGGCCAGCUGAUGCCAAGCAAAAUGGAUACCUGCUCUAGCCACCUGAACAACAGCAUAUACAAAAAACUACUAGCUUAGGGGAGAAAGAUUGCUGGAAGGUUACACGGAAAGGGCCAGAAAAGUGGACAGCCCGGGGAUCCUGUUAGUGUCUGGCAAGUGCUGUAUUUACUUCACCACCUAGAACAACCAAUGUCUGACCUGCAUGCCUACUUCCUACAAGUGCUAUCAAGCAUAAUUGCCAGCAAGGUAAUGGGGACAAAAGGUGUCCAGCGUUGCCAGUGCUGCGAUAGUAACCAACUGUCCCUCCUCAUAUAUCUAGGUGACCUGAAUAUAUAGGCGGUGCGCACAUGCAUAUUUGCAAUACAGUGUGGAAUCGGCGCUUUGGCACGUUUCUCGUUUAUUCAUUCCCUAGCAGUUACUAUGGAAAUAAUCUGAUUCUCUAACUUAUUAAACAAAGUCUGGUUUGGUGGAUGUUAGCACUGAACAGCUAAAGGUGUCCAGUGGUAAGGAAGGAGUCCAUAGGUCAGAUUUAACACAGCUUUUGCCCAUAAUAUAUUUCCAAUUAUUUGAUGGUAAUUGUUUAUCUGUGUACGGGAAGAUCUAGUGCUUUUCAUCUUGAAUACACCAUAGUCGAAGAAUUACCAAAGCAGUUGGAAAGUCCAUUUUGAUAUGGGUAGCAUUUUUGCAACCAGGAUUGAGCAUGAGACCCACCAGGAUCAUAAGAAACCCCAACCCCAGGAACUAGGCACAGCCAUCUCCAUGGGGGCCUCUGAACAGCUGAUACCCAUUCAGCUGUGCCUCCCAGAGAGCAGAGAUGGGGACCACCAGGCCCACUCCUUGCUCCCGGGCUUCCCAUCAGCUGUGAACUGACUGUAUGUGUUAGAAACUGACCAGCUAGGAAAAGACAUCUUGGGAGGGAAUAACUACGAGAGUCGUCUGCACAUCUGAGGAGCAGAGAAAGGUGUGUUUCUAUCCAGUAGCUGUGUUGCAAGGCUGGCUCUUGCACAGACACACCCACGUGCCCUGAGCACUCUGAUGGGAACUGGGGCUGCAGACUGACUGACUGCCAGACAUUAACUGAGUCCUGCCUUUGCUCUAGCAAAGCAGAUAGCUGACAUGUGGUCAACGUGAUGUAAGCACCGCAGAUUCACCAUUGUACAGAGAAGUGUGUUCAGCCAGACACCACCAAGCGUAUUUCACAAAAGCAAGGCCUAACAGCUAAACAGCUUUGAAGAUCUGAGUUUCUGCUACCAGUAGCUAUAGAUUAGGAUACAAACGCAGCUUAAGAUGUAUAUUUUUAAGAAAUAAGCCCUUCAGUCAACAAUAACUAGACACUAUUUAUUUACAAAUGUUUUUAUUAGAAAUUACUCAAAUAAUCCAGGCAUUGUGGCAUACAUCUUUAAUCCCAGCAUUUGGGAGGCAGAGGUAGACAGAUCUCUGAGUUCGAGGCCAACCUGGUCUACAUAAUGACUUCCAGGCUAUCUAGGGCUACAUAGUGAGACCUCAGCUCAAAACAAUGAUGAUAAUCAAAGUGAAACAAAACAAAACAAAAAAACCCCACAUUUUUAAAAAGCAAGAAAACACAAAAACAUUUACUUAUAAGGUCAGUCUGGUUUUUUUUUAAAAAAAAAAAUGGAAGAAAAUGAAAUUAGGACUGAAAUGUAAGAAAAUUAUCCUGUAUUUUUCUUGAGUUAAUUAAAUUAUUUUAAAGCAUUUUUUUUAAUGUCACGGUGACUAAUAAGUAUAAAAUCCUCAAGGCUUUGACAAAGUAAUUUGGAAAUUAAUUUGAAAUAUAUAUUUUUCCUGAUUUAAGAACUACGUUGGCAUUUUAAACAAAUAAAAGAGGGUAGAAGGACUAAGUGUUUAUUUAAGAGAACAAAGUCUUUCCAGAUACUGUAGACUAGCUUCCAUGAAAGUCCUGCAGUUGUACUGUUGACUCAGUUACUGUACUGAUUGUCUAGAUCACUGACUCACUGUCUGGGCUCUGUCUGUGACUUACAUAACUACUAUUACUGUACUUGUGAACUUUGAUGUCACUGUUUCGUGUUCACUCUUUUUUAAAAGAUUGCAUAACAUAUUAAUAAACAUGAAAACGUGCUUGGUA